UUCACCUACCCAGCCAAAAAGGAGCAGGACGGCGGAGAUGACAAGAAGCAGACGCAGAAGAAAAAGGUGAAGGAGCUGAAGGUUCUUGACGGCAAGAUUUCACAGAACCUUUCUAUUUUCCUGGGAUCGUUUCGUAUCCCUUAUGAAGAGAUCAAGAACGCCAUCCUGGAGGUUAAUGAAAACAUUCUCAAAGAGUCCAUGGUUCAGAACCUGGUCAAACAACUACCACCACCAGAGCAGCUGACUGCCCUGGGAGAGAUGAAGGAUGAAUAUGAAGACUUGGCUGAGUCUGAACAGUUUGGAGUAGUGAUGUCCAGUGUGAAGCGCCUGAUGCCACGGCUCCAGGCAAUCCUGUUUAAGCUGCAGUUUGAGGAGCAGCUGAACAACAUCAAGCCAGAUGUGGUGUCUGUAACAGCAGCUUGUGAGGAGAUGAGUAAAAGCCAGUCCUUCACCAAGCUGCUGGAAAUUAUCCUCCUUGUUGGCAACUAUAUGAAUGCUGGCUCCCGCAAUGGCAAGGCAUUCGGCUUCUCCAUAUCAUACCUGUGCAAGUUGCGUGACACCAAAUCAGCUGAUCUGAAGCAGACGUUGCUCCACUUCCUUGCCGAUGUGUGCCAGGAGCAGUAUCCCGAAGUCAUGAACUUUCCAGACGAGCUCAUCCAUGUGGAAAAGGCCAGCAGAGUUUCUGCAGAGACACUUCAGAAGAACAUAGAACUGAUGGGACGUCAGAUCAAGACUCUGGAGAAAGAUCUAGAAACCUUCCCUCCUGCACAGAGUGACAAGGACCAUUUUGUGGAGAAGAUGACUAGUUUUGUGGCCACUGCUCAUGAGCAGUAUGAGAAGCUGGAUCUGAUGUAUAAGAAUAUGGAGAAGCAGUAUAUUGACCUUGGAGCGUACUUUGUCUUUGACCCGAAAAAACUCUCCGUAGAGGAGGUCUUUGGAGAGCUCAACACAUUUAAGAACAUGUUCCAGCAAGCAGUGAAGGAGAAUCAGAAGAGGAAGGAGGCAGAAGAGAAGAUCAAGAAGGCCAAGCUGGCUAGAGAAAAGGCGGAGAAGGAGAAAGAGGAGAAACUCAAGAGGAAGCAGAACAUUGACAUCAACGCAGAGGGUGAUGAAACUGGUAUCAUGGAUGACCUGUUGGAGGCGCUGCAGUCUGGAGCUGCUUUCAGGAGAAAGAGAGGACCACGGCAAGCAGCCAACCACAGACGAGCUGGUCAUGCAGUGACCAACAUCCUGGCCAAAGAACUUAUGCAGGAAGACACGCCUUCGUCAAGCAACGCCAGCAAGAAGAAAAAGACGGAGGAGACGGAGGAGCCUAAACAAGAGGGGGCAGAGUCAUUAGAGGAGUUACUGGAAGCUGCUUCCUCUCGGGCCAAUUAGGCAAACUGGGCUGGAUGGUUUUUUUUUUGUUUUUUACACAUAAAGUCAAUGAUAUCCAAACACAUUCCAGGGGCCAAUUUCAAUCUGAGAUUAGAGUCAAAAGGCAAGCGAUCAUUUUUACGGAAAAAAGGCCUGUGUAUCUCUGUCCCUUGUCUUAACGGGACCAUCUUUUAGGAUAGGACUGUGUCUUAUGAGAGGACACAGGGAAAGACAGUGGAUGAGGGUGGGGCUCUCACCUAUGUCACAGUCCCUGGGUGUCCCUCAUCAGUCUUUGGAUCUUUGCCAAUGUCCUAAACUGUAAUAGCUUUUCUUCGGCAUGUGCACAUAUCUGUUCAUGUAUUGUGUGUGUUUCUGUUUCUCUGUAUUUCUGCAUCACUUGAUUCACUUGUCAUUCCAUCAAAGGGCAUCUUCGGUGAUUCCAAAGACUUACUCAGGAGGGAACCAACAUUUUUUUUGCGGUUAUUUAGAAAUUUAGACUGGGAAUGUCUGGAAUUUGGCACAUCCUGCUUGUUUGUCAUAGAGUGUUCUCUGGAGGUUCCAGGCCAAGACCAUAUUGCGCUUUCUCACAUUGUUGUUGUUGUUACAUAUAAAACGAAUUGUUUUGUAAUUGUCUGAUUUAUUUUACAUUGCUGUUUGUAAAUGUAUUAUUGAAAAAAGUGCCAACCAAUAGAAAUCAAGUCUUGUCAUUUCAUUCCCAGGUUUUGUCCAGCCCACACUUUGCACCAGGCUUUUGUAUGGACUAGUCCAACCACUUACCAACAACACAUAUCACCGGGGUGUGGGUUUCUUUGUUUUCUUUUUAAGAAGAAGGGAUUUAGUUCACAGGUGUUUUUGCAUGAGGUAAAAUUUAAAAAUAGGGUUUCACAUGGACAUGUCUAAGCUCUGUUGCCACGUUUGCUCACAACAGUUUUAUGAAGAAAACCUGCUUAUUCAAUAAACAUGAGCGUUCCCAUAAUCCCCAGUGGAAAGUAGAGCAAGAUAGGAGGAGGAAGUUCUCCACAGAGUCAAACCUAGCCUGAGCAGUUUAUGUGUAUGUGUGUGUGUGUGUGUGAAGUAAGCAGUCUAUAUUUAGUUUUGUGUGCACAAUUGGGUUUCUAAAUAUGCAUGUGUGUGUGUGUGUUAGUGCAUGUAGUUUUCAGUGCGUGUGCUGCCAUCUGUAAUUACUGUAUGGUACCGACCAUGCUGUUAUAAAUGCUAGGUUUCAUAAACAGCUUUGUGGUCUUUCUGCUGAGGAUAUUGCACACUGGAAAAAUGCCCAAAAACUGCUGAGACAAGUAUGUGUGUUUGUUCAGUUGUCUUUGUCUGUCUGCGUGUGUAUGUGUGUAUGUGUGUGUUGUUUCACCCACUUCCCCUCCCGCUGAACUGCAACAGUAGUUGCUUGAAUGUCUGGCCUUGCUCAUAUUUGUAUUCAGUAGCCAUCAGCAUACAUGUUGCCAUGAUGUUGUGGUGUAAUAUCUGUCAGGAAUCCUGAGAGGUGAUGUCAGCUGCUCCAUGCAAUAUUUAUUCCUAUGCAAACACAAUACUAUAGUGUGCCCUCCAGCCCUGAUACCCAGUCAGCCUCAGUAUGGGUAGACCUCUUUAUCAGCCCACUGAUUCAAGAUCAGUGCUUCAUAUUGCUGGUGGUCGCGAACAUCGCCAUGGCUCCAAAAGAUUAAUCUUUCAGGAAUCAAAAGAGUAAUUUUUUUCUUCAGCAACACCUGCGUUUAUAUGACACAUUGCAUAAAAGUUGAACUUGUCUGGACAUGGUGGAAGUGGCACUUAAAUAAAUUUAAAGGGCAUCAUGGGAGAAAUUAAUUUCAAAUAUAGGCAAUGUGGAAAAAUGUGCUAGUUCUUAAUUUUUCUCCAGUAACACUGAGAAUGACAAUAAGGUGCAAAGCUCCAUAAAUUGCUGUGCCUGCUCUUAAGCACAAAAUAUGUAACUGUAUUUAAACCAGAGACACAACUGCUUCUUGGUGUCUGCUCUCCACACAGAUAGACGGUAUACCAGGUAAUUAUGCAUACCACUUACUGAAAAGUGUCUAUUUUCAACAUUAAAAGAGGACGAUGAAUGAAAAAGGAUAUCAAGAUGUCAGAACAUCACUGGAACAUAAAACAUUUUCUAAUUUGAGUCAUUCCUUUUGUUCCAUAAUUUGUUUUUCUUUUUUAAGAGAUUGUUUUUCUAUGUGAAUUUUUACAGUUGAUUGUUUUAACAUAUUCGAAUGGAGAAUUCGAAUGUUUGUUUUCCAGAGAUUGCUCUAUAUAUACAGAAUAAUGCACAUGAUAAUUCUGUUUGCCACCCAGAACUAUUAAAUAUGUCUUAAGUA